AUGAUCAAUGUUAUUAACAAUAAAACAAUAUUUGGUUUAUUUUCUGAAGCGGGAAAUCUUAAUAUUACAAAUCCGGAACUGAACAAGCCAAGAAUUAUAUUGUGGAACUCGACUUAUAUUCAUCUUAACAAAAACAUUACUGGAAGACCUGAUUUCCAGAUAUUAAAUCCAAUUGGAAACACAAAAUGUUUUGAUGUGUUUUCCCUCAACAAUCAAAAUAAUUUGGAUGUUUAUAUAACAACAACUGAUCACAUUUCAUCUUUGAUGUUUGAGUAUUCAUACAACUUCACAGAUGGGAAGGGGUAUUUGAUAUCAAAUAAAAAAAUGAUUCGAUUCUGUCCAAAUGGUAUACAACUUGACAUAAAUGUCAUCUGCACAUUGAAGAAAGAAAUGUACAUCAAUGACAGCCCAACAACAAUGGAAAGUGCUUUCGACUAUCCACAUUGUCCUUGUAAUUCAGACACCACUGUUAAUUGCAAGUUAAAGUUUUCAGAGAUGUAUGAUAUGUAUAAUAUGUAUGAUUUUGAUAUUUCAAAUACGGAAUUGCUUGUUGAUAGAGAUAUCAAAGUCACAAAUCUUAAAAGAGUGAAACGGGUAACAAUCAAUGAUGACACCAAACUCGAUAUUACUGCUCACUUUGACAACAUGAUCUUUUCAUUUUCAUUUGGAGUGUUGACAAAUGGGGUGUAUGAAAAUAAAUAUACAACUAAUACAUCGUUACAUUAUCACACAUCUUCCAAUACAUUAAUGUGCACAGGAAACUUUAAAUACAGCAUCUUUCUUGUUAAAGAAUUUAGAUACUUCCAAAUAGAAUGUCCAAGUACUAUUGAUGUUCUGAAUUUGUAUGAAAAUACAAAUGUUGUAAUUUUGAAAAACACUUCUUUGUAUCAAAUAAACAAAAUUCAAUUUGGUCAAUAUGGCACAAGUUACAUAGUGAUGGAUUAUCCAUCAAACAAUAAAAUACUUGAGGGAUGUAUUCUCAUGGAAACAACAAAAGAUAAAACAACGUGUUUGUUGUGUGGUGAAAGUUAUCGACUCUUUGAAGGGGAAUGUCUUCCUAUUGAUGAGAAAUGUCAAAUUUGGAAUUUGAAUGGCAUUUGUACGAUGUGUGUAAACAAUUAUGUUUUGGAUGAUGAUCACGAGUGUGUAUCUUCAGAUAAUUGCUCAAUUGGAACAACCACAGAGUGUUACAAAUGCCGAAACGGUUAUAUUCGGAACAACAACAACUGUUAUAGAGAAGAUAAGUGUGUUCUAUCAAACGAAUAUUUGUGUUUACAUUGCAGUGAAGGAAACACAGAAGCAAAUUGUGAGGUGUGUGUUGACAUAAAUUGUCAGCUCUGUGAAUCAGAGAAAUGUAUUUUGUGUAACAUGGGAUUUGUAAUCAACUCUGUUGGAAUAUGUGAAAUACAAAACAACGGGUUGACUGUUGGCGUCUCGACUAUUUGGUGUAAUGACACUUUUUACAUUAAAGGUGAGAGUUGUAACAAUUGUUCAAAUAAAUACGAACACUCUUAUUUAUGUGAUAAAACACGUGUUGUUUCGUGCCAACCAAAUUACAGACAAGACAAUUGUGGACAUUGCAUAGCAAUGGUGUGUACAAAUACAACAACAAUAGACCAAAACGGACUCUGCCAAACAGAAAUAAACAGUUGUGUGUUCAUCGUAAACAAUAAAUGUGUUGAAUGUGAAAACAAUUACAUUUUUAAUAAUAACAAAAGUUGUGUUAAAACAUCACAAAAUAAUAAUUCAACAAAUUGCAUCUCAUUUAACAAAAAUGGGUGCGUUUCGUGUGCAGUCGGGUAUUACCUUUUAAAUGCUGAAUGUAAUUUAUGUUCAGAGAAUUGCACCAGUUGUGUAGAGAGUGACACGAAGUGUCUUUCAUGCAAGUCUGGAUUUUAUCAAGGUGAUAAUUACACUUGUUUAUCUAGCACAGACUUGUUGAAUAAAUGCAACAAAAUAUCAACAAUAACAAGUGGGUGUUAUCAAUGCAAAGACGGGUAUUACAGAAUCGGUCUGAAUUGCUAUGAGUGUCUUUUGAAUUGUUCAACAUGCAACACAAAAGAAAAAUGUUUGACUUGCAAUUUGACAAAUUACAAGACACAAAGUGGUAAGUGUUUGCCACAAAACAGUAUUAUUGGCUGUGCUGUCGAAGUCACACAAAAUGGGUGUAACAGGUGUCAAGAUGGGUAUUACACAGUCAAUUACAAUGAAUGUGAAAGGUGUAAUGACAACUGCACAACAUGCACACAACCCGAAAAAUGUUCAUCCUGUUUUAAAGACAUGGUUUUAUAUGAAAGUGGACUUUGCUAUGACAUUUCAUAUGUAUUACAGUGUAUUGAAAUUUCAAACUCAAAAUGCUCCAAAUGCACAUUCUGGCACACACCAAAUGAUAACGGCACAUUUUGUGA